GAAUCUUUGAAUUGCUGUGAGUCGGAUGAUUGCGGAGAAGAUUGUCCUCCCGCUAAUGAUGAGGAUGACUCAUGUGAUGACGAUGAUUGCCAGGAUGAAAGCGAUGAUGAAUGCGAGGAUGAAGAGUGCGAGGAUGAAGAGUGCGAGGAUGAAGAGUGUGAGGAUGACUGUAGAGGUGUUCAAUUAUAUCCAUACCCAAGAAAACAUAGGGAUUGCUAUACUAGGUCUGAAUUGGCUGAAAUUGUGAGCGACACCAUGCCCAACAUUCCUGAGUGUUUGAUCAACUUCAUUGCUGAUAGAGAUGUCGGUUUUCUUGACUAUAUUAUUAAAAAUCAUAAUAAUUUCGUGGGGCUGGUUUUACAUAUGAACCCUUGCACAAUAAAUCGAUUCUGCAAAGACGUUCCACUUUUCGGAAUAAAACUUGAACCACAACUAUUUACAGCACAACGCCCAUCGAUACCACACAAGAGAUCACGACAACAGGAGGAACAACUCCUGAAAUGA